CCAUCCGCCAAUCAGGCAGCGGCGCCGUGAGGUUUGUGUCGCCCACGGUGUUCACUUGAAUUCCAUUGCCGUCCAUUAAAACGUCCGACUUGGAAAAUACAACAUUAAAGUGGCCCCGGGAUUAAUAUCACACUGCGGCUUUGUUGUCGGCACACGGAUGCGAAAGAUAUUUCAGGAGUAAGGAUUAUAUCUCGCGAAAAACUGCCGUAUGUGUAAGGCACGCACCUUGAGCGGUGCCGUGGCUGCCUGUAUAGCCUGCCAAAACGGAACAAUUGGUGGAUAAUAAUCAAUUUCUGUCCGUUUUGCUCGGCGGAGCGCGAUUCCCGUCGCUGAAUAUACGCCGCGUUUCGGAUGUGAUUACACGGCCAUGGGUCCGGCCGGCUGCUCCCACGUGAACGGCUUUAAAGUGGAGAACUGGAAGCAGAACCUGCGCGUCAUUUACCAGUGCUUUGUGUGGAGCGGCUCGGCCGAAACCAGGAAACGCAAGGCGAAGUCAUGUAUAUGUCACAUGUGUGGCGCUCAUCUGAACCGGCUACACUCGUGUCUCCACUGCGUCUUCUUCGGCUGCUUCACAAAGAAACACAUCCACGAGCACGCCAAAGCCAAGAGACACAAUUUAGCUAUAGACCUUUUGUAUGGAGGAAUAUACUGUUUUGUGUGCCAAGACUACAUAUACGAUAAAGAUAUGGAACAGAUUGCCAAAGAAGAACAAAGGAAAGCGUGGAAAUUGCAAGGUAUUGGAGAGAAAUAUUCGACGUGGGAACCUACAAAGCGAGAACUGGAGCUGCUUCGACACAACCCUAAACGACGGAAGAUAACCGCAAACUGCACCAUAGGUCUGAGGGGUUUAAUAAACCUGGGCAACACAUGCUUUAUGAACUGCAUUGUCCAGGCUCUGACUCACACCCCACUGCUGAGGGACUUCUUCUUGUCCGACAGACACAAGUGUGAGAUGCAGGCCAACUCCUGCCUUGUGUGUGAGAUGUCCCAGCUUUUUCAGGAGUUCUACUCGGGCCAUCGCUCUCCCCACAUUCCCUUUCGGCUGCUGCACCUGGUGUGGACACACGCACGUCACCUGGCUGGCUAUGAGCAGCAGGAUGCACAUGAGUUCCUCAUCGCAGCGCUGGACGUACUACAUCGCCACUGCAAAGGGGAUGACAAUGGGAAGAAGGCUAACAACCCGAAUCACUGCAACUGCAUCAUUGACCAAAUCUUUACCGGAGGAUUGCAAUCAGAUGUCACAUGUCAAGUCUGCCAUGGUGUCUCAACAACAAUAGACCCAUUCUGGGACAUCAGUUUAGACCUUCCGGGUUCGUCCACCCCAUUCUGGCCGCUUAGUCCUGGCUCUGAUGGGAGCGUGGUGAACGGAGAGAGCCAUCCAAGUGGAGCUACCACACUAACGGACUGCUUACGCAGAUUCACACGACCCGAGCACUUGGGGAGCAGUGCCAAAAUCAAAUGCAGCGGUUGCCAUAGUUACCAGGAGUCCACCAAGCAGCUGACAAUGAAGAGGCUCCCCAUUGUGGCAUGCUUUCACCUCAAAAGGUUUGAGCAUUCCGCAAAGCUCCGGAGGAAAAUCACCACAUACGUCUCAUUUCCAUUAGAGCUUGAUAUGACUCCCUUCAUGGCCUCCAGUAAAGAGAGCCGGAUGAAUGGACAAUACCAGCAGCCAGUAGAUUCAUUAAACAAUGAUAAUAAGUAUUCUCUCUUUGCUGUAGUGAAUCAUCAGGGCACACUUGAGAGCGGCCAUUACACCACGUUCAUCCGCCAGCAUAAGGACCAAUGGUUUAAAUGUGAUGAUGCCAUCAUCACUAAAGCCAGCAUUAAGGACGUGCUGGACAGUGAAGGGUAUCUGCUGUUUUAUCAUAAACAGUUCCUUGAGUAUGAGUAACCUCUAAAAGCAGAUGUUGAAGUUGGACACCUAAAGAGAAGGACCAUAAGGGUGAAUGGGAUGGAGAAAGAAAAUCAAAAAAGCAAAGAAGGCAGUCAGUCUCACAUGAGUACAGCUGGAAGCGGCAGAAACAGCAAGAAAAUGCAUAACUACCAUAAUUAUUCCUAGCAUAAAAUAAAAUAAGAAAUGAAAACCAAAUGCAUAACUAACUAGCUGAGUUAUUCCACACUGAGCUACCAAGAUCCACUUAAAAAAAAAAAAAAAGUUAAAAGUGAGCAAAAAG